UACAAUUGUUUGUGGGUGUCCCUUGUGUUUGUUGAUUGUGCUUCCUGCAUUGUUAAAGACAAGGAUUAGACAUUAUUGGAUUGGUUACAGGUGACGUGGGGAGACAUUGUUGGACAGUGAGAGUUGGAUUUGUUCCCGAGUCCUCAUGUACUCUGUGACGCAAGCAGACGUAGGUUGACUGCAGAAAUAAAGAGACAUGCAAACUAAAAGCAGGAAUAGACGGUUAAAUAAUGCUGCUGCUAACAAUGGAGGGCCGUGAUUUCUGCUAACAGGCACUAUGUCACUGUGUUUUCCCAUGUUCUUUCUUUGGAUUAUUUUCUUCUAAUUACUGGACGUGAUUCUACCUUUUACAGUUUUACUUCUGCUGACAUACACGUUACAUAAAUAUGUCCUUAAAAGUAAAAUAAAAAUCAGUUGUCAUUCAAAUAGAAACAUUUUUUCGCACAACACCUUUUAUCUUGUUCAGAUGAACCUCAUUUAUUCUACUUUUCAAUCCCUUUUUUCUUUGUGUGUGAUCGCAUUGACAGAUAAAACAUAAACACAAUGACUAGAGAAUGUAGAAUCUAAAUGUAAGAAGAAUUUGGUGUUGACCUUGACCUAUGAACCAUGUCCAUAUUAAAGCCAAAUGCAUGUCACUGAGUUCAACAUUCAAGUACCUGUAUUAUGAAUGGGAUGACUGAAAGGCAUUGAGUAGUAAUAACUCAUAAUGCGCUAUAACGAGAAGGAGCUUAUCAGUGCUGAACUCUUGUCUCCAGCCUCUUCAAUAAGCCUAAGUGCCCGUGGAGGACUUGUUGUUAGCAUGAGAUAGGGAUAAUCCUUUUAGGCAAUGUCUUAGGAAUAAGACUGUCAAUACUUCCUCUCUCAGACUGGAGGAGCUCCUCAGUGAGACAGGACAGACGUUUGAUCUCUUUCAGUGGAAGUUCUUCUCCACCUCGGGAUCUUGUUGGAUACAAACCGAGAGACUUCACUCACCAGGAGAUUCAGAUAUCAUUUUCAUUCAGGGGGGAGGGGGGGUCUGUCCGCAUACGGACUGAGUCUAAAAAUGAUGGAGGGCUUGAAGAAGAUGUUGAACAACAUGGUGUCGCUUAAAGUCCGGGCGUAUGUGAAGGACUACUGCAAGAGGAACGGCCUGCUGACACUGUCAGUCAUUGCUGUAGUGACUGGCUGUGUGCUUGGAUUUCUCCUCAGGUCACUCAACCUUUCCACACAGGCUAAGAUCUACUUCUCCUUCCCUGGAGAACUGCUGAUGAGAAUGUUAAAGAUGUUGAUUCUACCUCUCAUCACCUCCAGUCUUAUGUCCGGCUUGUCAGCCAUGGACACCAAGGCAAGUGGCCGGCUGGGGGUCCUGACCAUCACCUACUACCUGUGGACGACCUUCAUCGCUGUCAUCGUUGGCAUCGUCCUGGUGCUCAUCAUUCAUCCGGGGACGGGCUCAGAGAAAGAAGGCCACCACGCAAGCUCAGGGCCUGUAAUGACCUCCGCUGACGCUCUUCUGGACCUCAUCAGGAACAUGAUCCCCUCAAACCUGAUCGAAGCCACUUUCCAGCAGUAUCGCACAGACCUGGUUCCCAUUGUUCAGAACUCAGAUGUAAAAGAUUCUCAGGCCAACUAUGUGUACGUCAUGCCCGACUAUCACAACCCUCAACUGGGUCACCCAGUCUUCCUGGAGAUCACCCCGGCUCCUGACAUCAAGUAUAAAAUCGUCCCCAGCACCAGCAAGGGCAUGAACGUCCUUGGGAUUGUCAUCUUCUCGGCCACUAUGGGUCUGCUGCUGGGGAAGAUGGGAGAACGUGGAGCGCCACUGGUCAAUGUUUGCCAGUGCAUCAACGAGUGCGUCAUGAAGAUCAUUAAUGCUGCCAUGUGGUACUUUCCCUUUGGCAUUGUGUUCCUAGUGGCAGGAAAGAUCCUGGACAUGCAAGAUCCCGCCGACCUGGGUGAGAAGCUGGGCAUGUACUUCAUCACAGUCCUGUCUGGAUUGUUUGUGCACGGCCUCAUCCUGCUGCCUCUCUUCUACUUCUUCUUCACCCGCAAAAACCCCUUCCCCUAUAUCAGAGGGUUGCUGCAGGCUCUUGUUAUUGCUCUGGCCACAUCAUCCAGCUCAGCCACGUUGCCCAUCACCAUGAAGUGCCUGCUUGAGAACUGUGGUGUGGACCGGCAGAUUGCUCGUUUUGUACUGCCAGUGGGAGCCACAAUCAACAUGGACGGGACAGCCCUGUACGAGGCAGUGGCGGCCAUCUUUAUAGCACAGGUCAACGAGUAUGACUUGGACUUUGGUCAGCUCGUCACUAUCAGUAUAACAGCAACAGCUGCCAGCAUCGGUGCAGCUGGGAUACCUCAAGCGGGUCUUGUUACCAUGGUGAUUGUCCUGACUUCAGUGGGGUUACCACCUGCCGACAUCUCCCUGAUUGUCGCCAUCGACUGGGUUCUCGAUCGCUUCAGGACGAUGAUUAAUGUUCUCGGUGAUGCCUUGGCUGCUGGGAUUAUGGCUCAUUUAUGUAGGAAGGACUUUGAGAAAGCAGAAACCCCUUCUCCACCCACUCCCACUGCUGAUGAUGAUAAUGGAGGGGGCCCCCACCGGAGGGACACAGUAAUCUCCUUCGGUAAUCAGAGUGUGGCGUUUUCUGAUGCUCCUUUGAUCACACACCGCUGCGAUUACGUGUUUGAGGUGGACGGAGAGAAUGUGAUGGAGAGACCUCUGGCCUGCUACAAUCUCUGUCAAGUCUGACACACUUAAACAAAAAUGGCCAGCAAAUGAUACUGCCUUCAAAAGCACAAGACUUGCCUCACUUGAGACUAUAAGGGACCAUCAUCUGAGGCUCUGAAAAAUCCGGUUUUGGUAAUAACCUGUUUCAGCCCUACAUGAGACCAUGGAUGGAGUACAUUGUAGUGUCAGGAUUUAGCGGCUUGAAUGGAUUUUCACUGUGCCAUGCUGAAAA